AUGAACUGGAUGGACAAGCCACUUCGAGCCCUCACUCGUCCCCGAGACCCAGACCCAGGCACCGAGCCACUGCCACUCCCGCCCGACGGAGGCCUCCAGGCAUGGACACAAGUCCUCUGCAUGCACUUCGUCUUCUUCAACUCCUGGGGCGUGAGCAACAGCUUCUCCGUCUUCGAGCAGCUCUACACCGAGACCCUGCCCCAGUCCGCCUCGACCAUCUCCUGGAUCGGCAGCGUGCAGGUCUCCCUUCUCUUCUUCGCCGGGGCGGUGGUCGGCCGCGCCACGGACGCAGGCUACUUCCGUCUCGUCUUCGCGCUGGGGGUCUUCCUCCAGCUGCUCGGCGUCUUCCUGCUCUCCCUCGCCAAGACCUACUGGCAGAUCUUCCUGACGCAGGCCGUCUGCAUGGGGCUGGGCAACGGCCUGACCUUCAGCCCGGGACUCUCGAUCAUGGCCUCCUACUUUGUCGAAAACCGCGCCUUCGCGGUGGGAGUAGCCGCGGCCGGGGCUGCGACAGGCGGCCUGAUCUACCCCGUGCUGGUGAACCAGCUGCUGUACACGCAGCAGAUCGGGUUCGGGUGGACGAUCCGCGCCGCGGGGCUGCUGAUGCUGGUGACGCAGAUGCCGGGGGUGGUGCUCUUCCAGCCCCGGCUUCCGGCCCGACGAACGGGCCCUCUGAUCGAAUGGGGCGCGUUCACCGAGCGGCCCUUCCUCUUCUUCACAGCCAGCAUGUUCCUCAACUUCUGGGGCCUCUACUUCGCCUUCUUCUACCUCGGGACCUUCGCGCGCGACCGCCUCGGGGUGACGGACACGCAGGAUUUGAUUCUGGUGCUGAACGGCGUGGGCAUUAUCGGACGUGUCGGACCUAGUCUUGUCGGGGACCGACUUGGGAAACUUAAUGUCUUGAUUCCGCUCAGUUUUGCCUCCGCGAUCGUGAUUCUAUGUUGGAUGCCGGUCGACACCGUUGCCGGGCUGUAUGUGUUUGCGGUUGUCUAUGGGCUGGUGGGCGGCGCAGCGCAGUCGCUCUUCCCCGCGACUGCCACGACGAUGACCCCGGAUAUCAAGCGGACGGGGACCAGGAUUGGGAUGAUCCUGAGUAUUGUGGGCUUUGCGACGUUGACGCGGCCGGUGCUGGAGGGGGCGUUUAUCUCACGCGCUGGGGGCGGGUAUAUAGGGGCGCAGAUCUUUGCGGGGGUGUGUAUUGUACUUGGUGCGGGGGCUGCGUUGGCUGCGAGAGUGGCCAAGGUUGGUUGGGAGUGGGAGUCAAAAGCUUGA